UGGCUUCCUCAAUGGACUGUCCGUCUUCUUUCGGCGGGCUGAGCGCUUGAAGAAGAAGACUGCUCGUCAGCUCGUCAAGUCUUUCACUGCUACUCUCUCUCUCUCUGUCCUCCAAGCUUCCAUCCAUGGCCAACAAUCCUUCGCAGCUCCUUCCUUCAGAGUUGAUCGACCGGUGCAUAGGUUCGAAGAUUUGGGUGAUAAUGAAGGGCGACAAGGAGCUCGUUGGCACCCUCAGGGGCUUCGACGUCUACGUGAACAUGGUCCUCGAAGACGUCACUGAAUAUGAAAUUACUGCAGAAGGUCGGAGGAUUACCAAGCUGGAUCAAAUCUUGCUCAACGGGAACAACAUAGCCAUUCUAGUUCCGGGUGGCUCCCCUGACUCGGAAUGAGAGGACUAUGCAGAUGUGCAGCUCUACUUCACUUGCCGUGUUUAAUAGAUGGACAAAUGGAGCAAGUGAAGCCUCUGGUGGCUCCUUCCGUCUCUUUCCUGUUUCUUCUUUGUGCCUUUUCUUCAAAUCGUUUGUAGAAUUGAAGAUGAGUUGAUUGUUAUUGUACCAUUUGGAUUAGGUUAUAAUGGAAGUAUGGAAUAGGAAGUUGCUUGUUUGAGGAUUGACCCUUGGGACUCGAGGUCUUAGUGUUCUGAUCAUGAAUAUUGAUGUGUUAGUGUUCUGAUCACGAAUAUGGAUGUGUUAGUGUUCUGAUCAUGAAUAUUGACGAGUGACGAUAUACAUGCUGCCCAUUCAAUUCCAGUA